CUGCGUGGAGUGAAACGUCAGCCACGUACGAACGACUGUCACCGAUCAUCUCUGUGCCGCUUAGCGAAUUUGAUUUUAGUUGUUUAAUAAUAAGCGUAAAAUAAGGCACAAUGAGCGCAAAGCUGCUAUCUUUGAUCCUCAUCAUCGCGACUGCUGUGACAGCAGAAGAUGAACCAGCGAUCGCCAGGCUACUUGUUUCGAAGCAAGUGCUGAACAAAUACUUAGUGGAAAAUAUGGAUAUUUUGAUUAAAUACACGCUGUUUAACGUCGGUACCGCGCCCGCUGUAGACGUGAAGCUGGUUGACAAUGGUUUCCACCCCGAAGUGUUCCAAGUUGUUGGCGGACAGUUGACAGCGCACAUCGACAGGAUACCUCCUCAGACCAAUGUCUCUCACGUCGUAACCGUCCGGUCCAGCAGAUAUGGAUAUUUCAACUUCACAUCUGCUGAAGUCACAUACAAAGCCACCGAAGAUGCCACUGAGGUUCAGCAAUCAAUCAGCAGCUCUCCCGGAGAAGGUGCUAUCGUUGCCUUCAAGGACUACGACCGCAAGUUCUCUUCUCACAUCCUGGACUGGGCCGCAUUCGCAGUCAUGACCCUCCCAUCUCUAGCCAUCCCCUUCGGCUUAUGGUACUCUUCCAAGAGCAAAUACGAGAAAUUAGCAAAGCCAAAGAAGGCUCAUUAGUUCAUAGUUAGAUAAUUAGGUAACCGCUAAUGUUGUUUGGAAAACACAUGACUGAUACAAUUAAAUUAUUUAUCAUAAUUUGGAAUACUUCAUACUUACAUGGAAUUAUUAUAGUUAUGGUUUUUAUACCUAUAAUUAUUAUAACUAUGUGAUUUCAUACAUUUUAGUCAUCAUGAGAUUUGUGAGUAUGCCAAUUGAUUUGUUGAGUUUGUUUCCCAAUUGGAUGUUUUAGUUGUUUAUUAAAACCAAAUUACAUUAGCUGUUGUCUAUUUCACUCCAUUAGUUAUGUACAUCAACAUCUUGUUAAUAUUAAUUUAUAUGAACAAUAAAAAGUUUUUUAUAAGUCA